AUGGCUGAAAGCAACCGUCUCAAACGGGAUAUUACGGCAACCACGACGGAACCAGAAGAUCAAGAAAGUAGACGGCAUCUGCCAGUUGCAACGAAGAAAACAGAAUCUGGACCGUCAUCUCUAUCAACAUCAAAACAGAAGGAAGAUCAAGUUCUUAAACAAGAACAGCGCAAGGUGCAUUCGAACGUCACACCGAUUUCAACGGAUGGACCUUCACUCAAAAAACAAUUCUGUCAAAAAGAAGAGAAGCUGGAAGACCUGGGUCAUCGAGCUGUUGCCCGAAUCCAAGACACCUCACUGACAAGUUCUUCUGAAAGCGAUAUCGAAGAUCGGAGAAAUGAACCCAAUGCCUCUCAUGGAAUCCAGCCCCUCCUUAGCCUUCAAAUCAAGAAAAGGCCAAGAGCCGUUUCUGCUCUCCCACAAACUACACCAAGGAACUUCACUCACCACUUGAUCAGCGAACAUCCUUGGGCGAAAUAUGUUACUGUUCGCGACCGCCCACUUCAUCUGUCUGAGGACUGCGUCACAAGCUCUCUCCCACUCGAAGUCUACCGCCACAUUCCCGAGACGGGUUACUUAUCCAACGAAUUCGAAGCCCAGUCGUGCUCACCCGCUUUACCGAUCUUCGAGCUCAUGCGUCUGCAGGAUGCUAUCGACUUUCGCAAGGAUUCGCUCAAUAUAAUUCAUCAGCUUCAAGAUGGCAGAUAUGAACCCUUCGAAAAUAAGGGUCUGAAGACGACACCUCAAGACGCAAAUGAAAACCUCGCUUUCGAAGUCGCUUUUGAAAGCGUUCCCGAUGCUGUUACUGUCUCACCCAGUGUUUAUCAAGGCACACUGCGAAAAUUUAAGAAGGACGAGGUUGUUCGUGCUGAAACUCGUACCAACGUCUCCACAGCAAUCCGCUUCUCUGAGUCCCCAGCGUCAGUAGCCGAUCAGUUGAUUCUGUGCAACUUGAUCCGCGGAUUUAUUCCUUCUCAUCCACAAGAGGGACUGUUGCCUUUGAAAAUUUCCGACAUAAAACAUGAAGAUAGGGAAUGGAUCCUUGAUCGAACUGGCAGAUUCACAAACUACUCCAAAAAUCCCCGUCUGGCUCAUGUCAAGUUGGGACCUCUCUUCAAUGUAGGCUGCUCUGCUUUGCUUGCUAUCGAAGGCAUGAACGACGACAAAUGUACACGGAGAGUGACGGCUGCCGUUCCCAGCAUGACUGCUUUCCCUAUUCGCUUCCAGUUCGACUUGAAAGUGCUCACUGUGUAUGGAUGGAAUGCAAAUCGCUCUGUUCUUUUAUGGAUUGUUGGUGCAUCUGCCGUUGUACGCGUCUCAAUUGAAAGCUCCAAAUUUGACUCCACAGAAGGGAUCCUUUCUAUUAGAUUAGUUGCACCUGUUCGGUCUCACAACACUCUGAUGAAAAUGAUCAAAAAAUUCAGCCGGAACGCGAAAGGCAAAGUAUACGUUGAUGCCUGUGUCAAGUUAACUCAUCCCUUUAUCAGUCGAAAUAUGCCUGUCUACCAGAUCGUCUCGAGGAACAAGCUCUUCAGCAACAUUGCUAGAAACAGUGGUUGUCGAGCAGAGCAGGUGCUGGAUGCCGUUUACAACCAUUUUUCCCGGUAUAAACAUGACCGCAUAGUUCAGCCACAUGAUGGGAAAGGAGAAAAACGACUUUCUUUCAAUGGCAAGCACCUCAAGCUUGAUCGGGAUCAAGUCUCUGCAAUCCGGCUAGGAUGUGAAGAUCAUCCUAUUAGUCUCCCUGAUAAACAUGCUCCAUAUUUAUCACCGGAGGAGAUGAGCACCUGUAUGAGGUUCAAGAAGGGACGAGAACUGCUUGAGAGGUACUUGUUUGCACCCGAGGAGGCAUUGUUUCUUUCGGAAUCUGAGCAGAAGGAAUAUCGCCUGGCCGAAAAAGAUAUCUCCACUCUCACUUCCAAAGUGGUUAACUUGAUGUUCACUAAAACGUUUCAUCUAUACCGAAUCCUCCUACCAACUAUCGAAAAUCUCAAUCGUCAAUCGUUCCUGCAACAUUGA